UGAGGAGCUCACAGGAUGAUCAGAGCCGCUUCCCCGAGGAUCUGACUUCAGACCGAGAACAGAGCAGCAAGCUUCUCUCUGGAGGAACCUCACGAUCAAGCGUCGCUGAUCUGCUGUUUUAGAAUAAGCAAAGCGAGACUGCUUUACUUUUAGUUUCUGUGUCGUCACGGUCCGCUGCUGCUGCUGCUUCUACACCUUUCUUUCUGGACAUUGCAACAGGUCAGUAGAGAGUCGCUGUCCUGCAACACUUGAGAGAUGUUGGACGGAAUCAAAAUUGAAGAUCAGUUCAGAACUGGAGCAGAGCCUUUAGGAGUGAUGCUGGGUUCAGACUGUGUCCAUCAGAGUGUGUGUGAGGGAUGUCACAGACCGAUCUCUGAUCGCUUCCUCCUGCGCGUGAACGACAGCUCGUGGCACGAGGAGUGUCUGCAGUGCUCGGUGUGUCAGCAGCUUCUCACCAUGAGCUGCUACUCCAGAGAUCACAAACUCUACUGUAAACACGACUACCAACAGUUGUUUGCAGCCAAAUGCAGUGGCUGUCUGGAGAAGAUCGCUCCCACUGAGUUUGUGAUGCGCGCACUAGAAAGUGUGUAUCAUCUAGGCUGCUUCUGCUGCUGUGUGUGCGAGCGACAACUGUGUAAAGGAGACGAGUUCGUCCUGAAGGAGGGACAGCUGCUGUGCAAGAGCGACUACGAGAGAGAGAAAGACCUACUGCACUCGAUCAGCCCGGACAUGUCUGACUCCGAUAAAAGUGAGGAUGAAGAUCUGGAUGUGAAGCCGGAGAAAGGAGCAGGAGGUCAGGGCAAAGGCGGUGACGACAGCAAAGACCCGCGCAGACCCAAGAGACCUCGCACCAUCCUCACCACCCAGCAGCGGCGCGCUUUCAAGGCCUCCUUUGAGGUGUCGUCCAAACCCUGCAGAAAGGUCAGAGAGACACUGGCAGCUGAGACCGGGCUGAGUGUUAGAGUCGUCCAGGUGUGGUUUCAGAACCAAAGAGCAAAGAUGAAGAAAUUAGCACGCCGACAACAGCAGCAACAAGACCAGCAAAACACUCAGAGACUUGGACAAGAUGUGAUCUCAAGCCGAAUGGAGAAUCUGAUGAACUCUUACACACCAUUGGCUCCGCCUCCACAGCAUCAGUUAGUCUCCAUUGAGACCAGCGGAUACAGCACAGACCCGUUCCAGCAGGGCCUGACCCCUCCACAGAUGCCCGGAGAUCACAUGAAUCCAUACGGAAACGACUCGAUUUUCCACGACAUUGACAGUGACACGUCUCUGACCAGUCUGAGCGACUGCUUCCUCGCCGCGUCUGAAGUCGGAUCGCUCCAGACCCGCGUGGGAAACCCCAUCGACCGCCUCUACUCCAUGCAGAGCUCCUACUUCGCCUCCUGAAACCAAACCCUGAAACUAAACAGCCGCAAACACUACCUAACAGCCAGUCAAACCUCCAGUAAAAGGCCAACUAGAAUCCCGAGGCUGUAAGGACAAGAGAACCAAACCAAACCAAGCGACUCGUGCUACAGAUGAAAGCAGACAUUGGCUUUGCUGAGGAGCUCUUGAGUCUAACCAGCUUCAGAGAUGUGCUGGCCAGGCCAAUGUGAAGAUGGGAUGAGAAGAAGGAAAACAAAUCCUAACCAAAUAUUUCUAGAGGAGCUACAGGACAC